UGGGGCCCGGCCCAGAGCUCCGGGCGGUCGCAUUGUUUUCCUCCGCGGAGCCGCGGCGGGAGUGGGGUUUGCGACUGGGACCCAGGGCUCACCCGACCUGACAGCGCCCGGGAGCCCAGAUCCAAGCUCCAUCCAAUUCAGACAUUCAUCACGUCUCGCUAGAGCCCCAACCACCGAUUGCGAACUCGGCGCGGUGCGCGGCCGCUGCCCGCCCGCUGAGAUCUCUAUUCCACUGACCCGGAUCUCGGAGCAAGUACCCCGGAGCAGGGCUGGGGCUGCAGGGCGUCGGGGAGGAUCGGGGCGCCUAAGGCUGGGGGCAAGCUUCCGAAGUACCAGAGGGACCCGCCUGGGAGGGUGCCAGAGCGAUGUGUGCUUGGUUGACGGAGAGGGUCAGCGGAGUUGGGGUGCGUGGAGGGAAGAGGGGACCGUGGCCGAGCCCCGUCAUGGGACUGUGGGGCGCAGGGUCUGGGCACCUCUUGCGACCCGGCUUCUCUGAGUCGCAUCCCUUGGAUUGGGGAGCGCGAAAGGGAUUAUUUGAGGCGCGCACCGUACAGAGGGUGGAAAACCUGGUCUCUUUCCUCUCCAGCAGAGAAAUUAAGGCUUCGAGACCCGUGGAGAACUGGACCCUCUCGUUGCCCCUGCAGGGAUGGGAAGGGGAACACGUCGUUCCAGACUUUGGUGUUACAGCUGCACCUCUGUCCUUGUGCAAGCGGGAGUCUGAGCACCUCCCAGGGGGUUGGCUUGGGCAUAGAGUCGGGAAUGGGGCCCCUGAGAAACACCGGUCCUAGUGCCCAUAUCCUUCCUUCACCCCACUCGCCCUGGGGCUUUGUUAGACCGAGGUCUCCCAAGGAGGAGAGCCCAGCUGGCGACUGCAUCUCGAGCCCGCGGACCCGCUCAGCCCUGGCCCCAGGCCCGCCCUCAUCGGUUCCAAGCCUCUGGCCCUGUUUCCCUGGCCUCGGAGACCCGCCUCCACUUCCCAACCCCCGCUCCCAUCCCCAUUCGGUCUGCGCCUGCAGGCCCCUCCAGCCCCUCCUCCCGCUAACGUGGCUCUGGGACCCGGUCCCGGCCCAGACUCUCCUACCCGCCCCUCUCGGAGCCCCAGAUCCAGUGAGGGGGAGACACGUAGAGCCCCUGGCCUCAGGCCCACCUCAUGCGAGGCUCUAGACACCUGGAUUAUCCUCGUUGGGGGCUGGGUGGGAGGGAGGGUAGGUAGCAAGCCUGGGGCUGAGAGCUAAGGGUGGGGGGGAACUGUCUUGGAGAAGGGAACGUGCCCGUUCCGUGAGGCUCCUUGGCGCGCCCCCCCGCUCCUUAGAGGAAGGUGGACUGGGGCGGGCGACCAGCCCGAGGGCUUCCUGCUAUUGUCCCCCGCCCAGUCUCCCCUUCUCCAUCCCUUCCCCAGCCCCCGCUAGAAUCUGGCUUUGACCCGGGCCACUCCCCAGAGGUGGCUGCGGGGCCAGGAGGAGACAGAAGGGCUGUUUCCUCUUCUCAGCAAGGGGAGAACCUAGGAAGGGGAGAAAGAGCCGGCCAGGCCUCCCCCAUUCGCUCCAAAUGGGGGGUAUGAAGCAGCUGGGAUUGGUCCCGGCAGGGUAAGCCUUUCCCCAAGCCAGGGGUCAGAUGGGGGCCGCUCAGAUGCUGCUCCCUAAAAUCAGCUAUGGGAAGCCCCCUUAAAGAUAUGUCAUAGUUAAGUCUAGGGGGCCAAUGCAAUGGCCAACCAAGUGUUUUUAGAGGCUGGACUAAUCCAGUCUAAGGUGGGGGGUAGGGUGGAGAGAGAUUGGGUGGGAGGGAGGCAGGGACUGCUCUCAGGGAAGAAGGAAGGGGCUGGGGGUGCUUGCUAUCAGAGCAUUUUGCCUAGAAAUGAAGAGCAUGCAAAUGAGAUGCAAAUUAGCCUCUAUUGUCCCCAGCUAGGGAGCUUUUGCUAAGAAGCCUGCUGGAUUCUGAAGGUUUUAAUGUGGGAGUGGUCGUCAUGCCCUCCAAACUCUCCCAGUCACCCCUUUUCCCAAGACUGGUCCUGCAGUUCCAGGAGUUUCUGGGUAGGGGCCAGCCCCAGCCCCUGCCCUCACAUCUCUGGGCAUGAAGCAGCCAGCACCUUUGUAAUCAGGCUCAAUGUCAAUGUGCCCCCCACUCCCAGGGCAGCAUCUCCCCUACCCUAGCUUCAUUAGACUUCUCCUGAAUGUUCACAUUCACUUUUAUUGGAUGUGGUAAGGAGGUAUAGCUCAGCCUCUUCCCUCCUUCUGUCCCUUCUUCCAUCAGGUCAGAGGUCUCCUAUCCCCCUCAAACCCCCACAGGAGUCACCACCACAGGGCCAGCAUAUGGGUGAGGGGGCACCCCCUGGGGCCUGAGCUGCCCCACACAGGAUGCCCCGUGACCCCCGCUUCAUGCCCUUGCUGCUACUGCUGUUGCUGCUCUCACUUCCCCACACCCAGGCUGCCUUUCCCCAGGACCCCCUCCCUCUGCUGACCUCUGACCUGCAAGGUAUUUCCCCAUUAUCCUGGUUCCGGGGCCUGGAAGAUGACGCUGUGGUUGCAGAACUUGGGCUGGACUUUCAGAGAUUCCUGACCUUGAACCGGACCUUGCUAGUGGCUGCGCGGGAUCACGUUUUCUCCUUCGAUCUUCAAGCCCAAGAAGAAGGGGAGGGGCUAGUGCCCAACAAGUAUCUAACAUGGAGGAGUCAAGACAUGGAGAACUGUGCCGUGCGGGGGAAGCUGACGGACGAGUGCUACAACUACAUUCGUGUUCUCGUUCCCUGGGACUCCCAGACACUCCUUGCCUGUGGAACGAACUCAUUCAGCCCCGUGUGCCGCAGCUAUGGGAUAACUUCGCUGCAGCAGGAGGGUGAGGAGCUGAGCGGGCAGGCUCGAUGCCCCUUUGAUGCCACCCAGUCCAACGUGGCCGUCUUUGCAGAGGGCAGCCUGUAUUCAGCCACAGCCGCGGAUUUCCAGGCCAGUGAUGCUGUGGUUUACAGAAGCCUUGGGCCUCAGCCCCCACUCCGCUCCGCCAAGUACGACUCCAAGUGGCUCCGAGAGCCACACUUUGUCCAUGCUUUGGAGCAUGGAGACCAUGUCUACUUCUUCUUCCGAGAAGUCUCUGUGGAGGACGCCCGGCUGGGGAGGGUACAGUUCUCCCGUGUGGCCCGUGUGUGUAAGCGUGACAUGGGCGGCUCACCUCGGGCCUUGGACCGCCACUGGACAUCUUUCCUGAAGCUGCGGCUCAACUGCUCUGUCCCUGGGGACUCUACCUUCUAUUUUGACGUCUUACAGGCCUUGACAGGGCCUGUGAACUUGUAUGGCCGCUCUGCUCUCUUUGGGGUCUUCACCACCCAGACCAAUAGCAUCCCCGGCUCUGCGGUCUGUGCCUUCUACCUGGAUGAUAUUGAGCGUGGGUUUGAGGGAAAGUUCAAGGAGCAGAGGAGUCUGGAUGGGGCCUGGACCCCUGUGUCUGAGGACAGGGUCCCCUCCCCCAGGCCAGGAUCCUGUGCAGGAGUAGGUGUAGCUGCAUUGUUCCCCUCUUCUCGAGACCUCCCUGAUGAUGUCCUGACCUUCAUCAAGGCUCACCCACUCCUGGACCCUGCCGUGCCACCUGCCACCCAUCAACCUCUGCUUACCUUCACCAGCAGGGCCCUACUGACCCAGGUAGCUGUGGAUGGCAUGGCUGGUCCUUACAGUAAUACCACAGUCCUGUUCCUUGGCUCCAACGAUGGGACAGUGCUGAAGGUGCUGCCCCCAUGGGGGCAAUCUGGGGGCCCUGAGCCCAUUCUGUUGGAAGAGAUCGAUGCCUACAGCCCCUCCCGGUGCAGUGGGAAGCGGGCAGCCCAAACAGCACGGCGGGUUACAGGGCUGGAGCUGGACACCGAAGGUCACAGGCUCUUUGUGGCUUUUUCUGGCUGUAUCAUCUACCUCCCUCUCAGUCGAUGUGCCCGGCAUGGGGCCUGUCGGAGGAGCUGUCUGGCUUCUCAGGACCCAUACUGUGGAUGGGACAGCUCCAGAGGCUGUGUGGAUAUCAGGGGACCUGGCGGGAUUGAUGUGCAUCCAGCUGGGAACCAGGAAUCCAUGGAGCAUGAUGACUGCCAAGAUGGAGCUACUGGGAGUCAGUCUGGCACAGGGGAUUCUGCUUAUGUGCUUCUGAGUCCUGGCCCUUCCCCUGAGACCCCAAGCCCCCCCAGUGAUGCCCACCCCCGGCCCCAGUCUUCCACUCUUGGAGCUCACACUCAGGGCGUGCGACGGGACCUCCCGGCAGCCUCAGUCUCCCGCGCCGUCCCCAUCCCACUCCUCCUGGCCUGUGUGGCCGCAGCCUUCGCCCUGGGCGCCUCGGUCUCUGGCCUCCUGGUCUCCUGCGCUUGUCGCCACGCCCACAGACGUCGGAGCAAGGAUAUCGAGACUGCGGGGCUCCCGCGCCCUCUAUCCCUUCGCAGCUUGGCCCGUCUGCACGGGGCGGGCCCAGAGCCGCAGCCAACGUCCAAGGACGGAGGGGGCGCACAGACACCCCAGCUCUACACCACCUUCCUGCCUCCUCCCGAGGGAGUACCCCCGCCGGAGCUGGCUUGCCUGCCCACCCCGGAGUCCACGCCGGAGCUGCCGGUCAAGCACCUCCGCCACGCCGGGGGUCCCUGGGAGUGGAACCAGAACGGGAACAACGCCAAGGAGGGCCGGGGCCGCGCCCGGGGCGGGAACACGGCGGGCGGCCCCGCGCCGCGCGUGCUGGUGAGGCCGCCGCCGCCCGGCUGUCCCGGGCAGGCCGUGGAAGUCACCACCCUGGAGGAACUGCUGCGCUACCUGCACGGCCCGCAGCCGCCCAGGAAGGAGGUCGAGCCCCCGGCCGCCGCCCCUUUCACCUCGCGGGCACUGCCGCCCGAGCCCGCCCCCGCCCCCACCCUCUUUGCCGGCCCCUGCCUGCUCCCCCGGGACUGUGCCACGCCUCGGAGGCUGGACGUGCCCCCGGAGGGCAAGCGCCCGGCCCCCGCCACCCGGCCUGCUCUCUCCGCCCCAGCUCCCCGGCUCGGGGUGGGCGGCAGCCGGAGGUUGCCCUUUUCCACGCACCGUGCACCCCCCGCGCUGCUCACCCGAGUCCCCUCGGGAGGCCCCUCCAGGUACUCCGGGGGUACCGGGAGACACCUCCUGUACCUGGGCCGGCCUGAGGGGCACCGGGGCCGCGCCCUGAAGAGGGUGGACGUCGAGAAGCCCCAGGUGCCCCUGAAGCCUCCCCUCGUCGGGCCUUCCUCGCAGUCGGCCGUCCCUAGUGGCAACCAUUUUAACUUUUAAAGGGAGCUGCUCCAAGGCCUCAAAUGGUACCCUCGAGGCCCAUGCCCUCAGAGGCCGUGAGCGUGGACGCAUCUCCAAGGACAGAUCACAUCCCUCUCUCCUUGUUCCACACCUGCAGCCUUCCUGGACUCUGAGAGUCUCCCGGGGUCCCCGCCCGCCCCGGGUGUAUUUAUUGACUGCCGACUGUCUUUCCCCCUGUCCUCGAGAGAGGAGUGGGAGGUGAGAAGCUCGCCCCCUCAGUGAGCCAGCUUUUCGGGGGGAACUGGCACACUCCUACUCCCCCACCUCCCUCAGC